UGCAGUUCAGAGAGGUCGAUGCAGUGUAGCGCCGCGUCCCCUGGGUUAGGCAGAAUGUGGAAGUGACACUGUGGGAGAAUUACUUUGCACUGUACGUUAGAUAAUUCGGAUGCGGCUGCCAACUUGUAGUCUAUUCUAUGCGAAGUUCCCAAAGUUAAUACAUUGGUGGGGACAAGUUCGAAUUACAUUGAAGGAUUAAUUGGAUCCCGGAGUUGUCGACAUGAGGAUAUUUGAGCAGAUACGUGUAUGUGCGCUUAUAACGUGUGUGCUUCCUGCGGUACAGGGAAAUGGGGAACAAUCACAGACAAUCUACUUCCUUCCCGAAUUUGCACUUUCCCCACAAGGGAGCUUUUUAGAAGAUACAACGGGAGAACAGGUCCUGACUUACCGCUACGAUGAUCAGACAUCAAGGAUCACCCGCUCAGAUGAGGAUAAAGAUUCUGGCUGGGAUGCAUGGGGCACCUGGAGUGACUGUUCCAGAACUUGUGGUGGAGGAGCCUCCUAUUCCCUAAGACGAUGCUUAAAUGGCAGGCGCUGUGAAGGGCGAAACAUUAGAUACAAAACAUGCAGCAAUGUGGAUUGCCCUCCUGACGCUGGUGACUUCCGGCACCAGCAAUGCUCUGCACACAAUGACGUGAAGUACCAAGGGCAGUACUAUGAGUGGAUUCCCAUCUACAAUGAUCCAGAAGCUCAGUGUGCACUGAAAUGUCAGGCCCGGGGAACAACCUUGAUCGUGGAGCUAUCACCUAAAGUCCUCGAUGGUACCCGAUGUAACACUGAGUCUCUGAAUAUGUGCAUCAGCGGAAUUUGUCAGGUGGUGGGCUGUGAUCGGCAACUCGGGAGUAAAGCCAAGGAAGACAACUGUGGAGUUUGUGCGGGCAGUGGCUCAACAUGCAGGCUUGUGCGGGGACAGUCCAAAUCACAUGCCUCUCCUGAAAAAUUGGAAGACACAGUGAUUGCAGUUCCAUAUGGGAGUCGCCAUGUGAAAAUCACCGUGAAAGGACCUGCCCACCUCUAUAUAGAAUCGAAAACUCUGCAAGGACAUAAAGGAGAACACAACCUAAGUGCUUCGGGAGUAUCUGUCAUUGAGAACACGACUGUUGAGUUCCAAAAAGGUUCUGAUAAGGAGGUUCUCAAGAUGCAAGGUCCACUCGGUGCUGAUUUUAUUAUUAAGACUAGAUAUGUUUCUUCGAGGGACAGUGUCGUCCAAUUCAUGUUCUAUCAACCCAUCAGCCAUCAAUGGAGAGAGACCGAUUUUUAUCCAUGCACUGUGACUUGUGGAGGAGGUUACCAGCUUAGCUCUGCCGAGUGUGUGGAUAUACGCUCAGGUCGAGUUGUUCCUGAGCACUCCUGCAAUUACUAUCCAGAAAAUAAAAAGCCCAAGCCCAAACUACAAGAGUGCAACAUGGAUCAUUGUCCUUCCAGUGAUGGCUUCAAGCAACUCGCAAUUUAUGAUCAUUUUCAGCCACUUCCACGUUGGGAGAGCAGCCCUUGGACUGCAUGUUCAGUUUUCUGCGGAGGUGGAAUACAAACACGAAGUGUCCCUUGCAUUGAAGAGAACAUGUAUGGUGAAAUUAUCCCAGUGGAAGAAUGGAAAUGCAUGUACACUUUUAAACCUCCAGUCAUUCAAAACUGCAAUCUUUUUGACUGCCCGAAAUGGAUUGCCAUGGAAUGGUCACCUUGCACAGUAACCUGUGGUCGAGGCUUGCGUUACAGAGUUGUACUGUGUAUAGACUACCGAGGGCAGCAUACAGGAGGCUGUAAUGCUCAGCUCAAACCGCAUAUAAAGGAGGAGUGCACAGUGCCAAUUCCAUGUUAUAAAACAAAAGAAAAACUUCCUAUGGAAGCUAAAGUCCCUUGGAUUAAACAAGCACAGGAAAUGCUGGAACCUAUUGCUGUAUCUGAGGAGCCAAAGUUCAUUCCUGAACCCUGGUCACAAUGUAGCACAUCAUGUGGAACUGGCAAGCAAGUACGAAGAGUGACAUGCCGUGUUCUCCUUUCAUUUUCUCAAACAGAGGAGGAGCUGCCGGAUGAGGAAUGUGAGGAGGAUAAGCCACCCACCGAGCAAACGUGCUACCUAGCACCAUGUGACGGUGUUACUGCUGCACGUGACUCUGAGGUGGCCGGCAAUAAUCAUGACGAGAAUGAGAUGGAAGAACAGUUUGACUGGGAAUAUGAAGGUUUCACUCCAUGCACAGCUUCAUGUUUAAGAGGGGAACAGGAAACUAUAGUUGUAUGUCGUAAUAAACAUACACAAGAAAGUGUGGAUGAGAGUUUGUGUGACAAUUUCAAGCGUCCUCCUCAUAUGGUUCGUGUCUGUGGUACAGAACCUUGUCCAGCCAGGUGGGGCACAAGAUUGUGGAAACAAUGCAGUGCUACUUGUGGAGUUGGAAUACAAGCGAGGGAGGUUUACUGCAGACGCACGGUGUCACACCCUGUUGAGGAUUCCAUCAGAGUUCCUGAUGAGGAAUGUACAGAUCCAAAGCCCCCUGAAGUUCAGGCCUGCAACCAGUUUGAUUGUCCUCCAUCGUGGCAUAAAGGAGAAUGGCAGCUGUGUUCGUAUACAUGUGGAGGAGGUUCACAGUCUCGCAAAGUCCAGUGCAAGCAGCUUUUGACUGAUGGAAGUUCUGUAAGUCUUCCUGAUGAGCUUUGCCUUGAUCAGAAGCCACAGCUGCAACAAUCAUGUGGCAACGUUGACUGUCCACCACAUCUGGCACUGGGGAAAUGGUCCAAGUGUUCUGUAAGCUGUGGUGAAGGAAUCCAGCGCAGAGAUUGGGUUUGUCGGAAACUCACUGCAGUUAGACAUCAGGUCACUGUCCCCCAUGCCUUGUGCAGUGAACCCUCCAGGCCUCCAGUAGUUCAGACCUGCACGAUGCCUGCCUGUGAUAAGGUUAGAAAGGACAAAAAAACAAAUGUUUCUCAAAAGCAAGCUAUUCGUGACCCACAAAUUCUGGGCAUCCACAGAGUCUACAUUCAAACCAGGCAAGACAAGCGUAUUCACUUUAACAUUGGUGGUCGGGCUUACCUACUACCAAAAACCUCAAUUGUGAUUCGAUGUCCAGUGAGAAGAUUCCAGAAAUCACUGAUCAAAUGGGAAAAAGAUGGCCACCAUCUUCAAUAUACAAAACAAAUUAGAAUUACUAAAUCAGGAUCACUGAAAAUUCACAGCCUUGAAGCAAAAGAUAUCGGUGUUUAUAGUUGCAUUGCAGGUACUACUCGAGAUACCUUUGUCCUCAAGCUGAUUGGCAAUGAUAACAGAUUAAUUGAACCACCCACUUUCACUAAAGCUAAGACGAGACAAAGUAUUGGACCGGAGAAGAUGAGUCACAAUGAAUCCAACAGGCUGGAAGAUAAGUGGACUCAAAUAAGCAAGAUGUGGCAAAGUUGGAGCAAAAAGAAUGAAUUGUAUGUGGAUGACAGCCAAACAAGUGACCAAGUUUUCCUGCACCUACUUGGAAAUCAUUUGUUUUCGAAAAGAAAAGCUAACUUUGCAGAGUUGUUUGACUCUCAAGAGCUUUACAAUAAACAUCCUGAAAGCUCUAUAUCCCAGGGAGCCUAUAGUAUGGAUACCAGACAGUUUGAAGAGAUCCUACGAAAUAUAAGUUUAAGGAUUGAGUCUGGUGAAAUACCUGAAGACUUUGCUUCACAGCUGAUGCAUCAGUUAGCAGCUGAAGUAUCUAGACCACAGCCAACUGUGGAAAAGUGGAAAGCCUCUCCUGAUGAUAAUGCAUCCAACUCCAAGUUAUUAGAUAAGGCUCCUAAUACAUCUGAAGCUUCGGUCAAUAAGGAUAUACAUCAGCAACGGAAGAAGCAAAAGCCUCCUAUUAUUCUGAGAAAAAAGCAGGCUCCUGUUCUGCCUCAGAAAAAUGUUAGUGUUGCAGUUGGAACACUGGCAUACCUGACAGAUAAAACAUCCUGUAUAACACUCGUCUGUGAAUCUAUCGGAGACCCUGAGCCAGAGGUUUCUUGGACAAAGGAUGGUACACCAGUGAAAUUUAAUAAAAGGAUACUAUUGCUGAAUUCUGCAAGACUUCAGGUUCAGAAUGUCACAAGGCAAGAUGCUGGUCUUUAUGGAUGUACAGUUACUAAUGAACUGGGAACAGAUACUGAAACCUCAUUAUUGUUGUAUUCAGAAGCCCCUGCCAUCAAAUUUUCCAGAGAAAGUAUCAUAAACCUUACAAUGUGGCACAUAACAGCUGUGGUUGGAAGUGAUUUAUUGGCCAGACUUGGGGCAACAAUAAUCAUUAAUUGCCCAGUUGAAGGUGUCCCUGAACCAAAGAUUAUUUGGCAAAAAAAAGAUGGUCUGUUAGGAAAUAAUUCUGUUCAACUUCAAAAUGGAUCUCUGGCACUGAUGAAUACAACACUUGCAAAUCAAGGAAUGUACACUUGUACGGUCACAAAUGAAAUUGGACAAGCAACUAUGUCAACAGUCAUUAAACUCACUGAGUCAGGACCUGCUCCACAGACUGUGGGAUUCCACCAAACCAGAGGAAGAAAACGUGUCUUAAUGGCAUCAAAGAUCGGCACUCCAAUUACAGUUAAACAAGGGGAUGUGUUACGUAUGGGCUGUCCGACAGUUGCCAGGGACAAAAUGACCAUUAGCUGGUAUUUCAAGAAUGAAUCCAUCCAUUCUGUCCCAGGACUUGAAUACAAAGUACUGGCCAGGGGACGAGUCCUCGAAGUGAAAAUGGCAUUUGAGAGGUUGGAAGGGCAAUACAAAUGUCAGGCUUCAAAUAAAAUUCGCACAGUUUCUGCUUAUGUGAAUGUGAGCUUUGUAGAUUUUAUGUGGGUACCUGGUGACUGGGCUGCCUGCUCAACAACCUGUGGCAACGUUGGAACCCACUACAGAACCCUGCUCUGCCUAAAUACAAAUGGAAUUGAGGUGAAUGAGUCAGCAUGCUAUGAGCUUCCCAAACCACCUUUAGUAAUUGAAUCGUGCAACACACAGGAUUGUCCAGCCAGGUGGGUCACAACCACGGCAUCAGAGUGUUCAGUCUCGUGUGGAAAAGGAGUCCGACAACUCAGAGUGAGAUGUGAACAGUUAACAGCCAAUGGAACUUUGAGAAUUUUGCCUCCAGCGUUUUGCGCAGAAGAAGAGGAACAACCACCCAAUGAGGAGGAUUGUUUACUGCAGUCCUGUGCAGUGUGGGAGAGUCCAGCAUGGGCAGAGUGUUCUGGCCGUUGUGUGGGUCACAGUGUUGCUGUCCAGCACCGCCAAGUUGCAUGCCGCUAUACAAAUGGAACAUCAGCUGCAAAGUCUGCUUGUGAGAAGACAGAGAGGCCUGCUUCUGCAAGACGAUGUAAAUCAGAUAGAUGUAAUGUGCGGUGGAGGACAGGGCCAUGGAGACAGUGCGCAGCAUCGUGUGGAAGUGGUUUCCAGUCUCGACGAGUAGCUUGUAUCCAUAACAAAAACAACAAAGCGGUUGCAGAUCAGUAUUGUGGAUGGCAGAGGCGGCCAAUCACAUGGCAACAUUGCAAUCUCACUUCUUGUGACACUUCUGAUGGAGAAUGCAUGGACACAAUGCGCUACUGUGCACUUGUGAAACGACUGAUGCUGUGUCACCUGAACACCUACAAACAGAGAUGCUGUGAUUCCUGCAGAAUGCUUUAAUUGAUAUACAUACACCACUGUUUGCUGGAUCAUAAGACUGUGAAUCGAUUUAUAGAGAACUCCAUGUAGAUGAACUGAAUGCAGUAAAACCUGAUGGAAGCUGAACCGGGAGGAUAUUUUAAUUGUGUUGUAAAUCUGCUUGUACAGAAAUGCACAAAGGUUUCCUUGCUGUCCAUUAUGUUAGUCAAAUAUGUAGCAGCUGAUUCUUAGAGAAAGAAUUGCUCAACUGUUCUGCUUUACAAUCUAAUAUGGACUUGUUAUGCCAAUGUAUUCUCCAUCACAAAAGAUGUGUGCUUAGGUUGUAUCACAGAAGCUGGUAUGUGAAUUAUUUACUGCCAUCAAGAGAGAAAACAUCUUUUAAAUGUCCAGGUGGGCUUAUAUUUCACAGCUUUACAGUGAAGGCAAGGAAAAAGCUUACAACCUAAGUGAGUUAUUGGCAAGAGUGUUUAUCCUUUUUCAUUACUUUAAAUCACAACCUUUCACAUCUGAUAUUACAGAUUAUGUUAUUAUUUGGGUCUGUGGACAAAAAUGAACAUAAGAAUAAAGUAUUCAGUAGUUCUCAUUUUUAACUUACAAAUGAUUGUAGUGACACCAACUUUCAGCUAAGAAAGCCCUAUUUCCAAUGCGAAUCCCAUUUUGAAGGAAAUGGCCAACUCAGCCGAUGCUACUUUCAAGUAUUAGCAGAAUGAAAGCAUUGAAUUUGCUCUUUUGUUCUUAAUUAUAAGGAGAUAAAAGGUCAGCUGCAGUUAAACUGUGAUUGGGGAAAUAUUUAAAGUGCCUUCUCACUGAUCACCCUUUACUUUGACUGCUCCAUUGUAUUUUUAAUACAAGUCAGUUACAUCGGGAAGUUGCCUCCAUUUGGAAUGCCAGAGCUGUCAGGCAAUGUUUCUUCUGGAUUCACAAGAACACAAGAAAUAGGAGCAGGAGGAGGCCAUCUGGCCCGUCGAGCCUGCUCCACCAUUCAAAAAGAUCAUGGCUGAUCUGGCCGUGGACUCAGAUCCACCUACUUGCCUUUUCCCCAUAACCCUUAAUUCCCCUACGAUGCGAAAAUCUAUCAGUGUCUUAAAUAUAUUUAAUGAGGUAGCCUCUACUGCUUCCCUGGGCAGAUAAUCAAAAAGAUCCUUUUAAGGAAAAGAAGAAAGUUGUCAUUGUCAAGAAAAAAUUGUCACAAAUUUAAUAAUUUUGGUAUGUAAUUUGUGGCAGGUACAUUUUACAUUACACAAAAUAUAGAAGGAAAUAAAUGCAAAACUAUCCUGCCUCUCAAGAGUCUCAGCCAAUUUCAGGUUUACUGAUAAUAGUUAACCUUUCACUUUUAAACUAAAAUUGCUGCUGAGGGUUGAUGCCUUGCCUUUACAUUGACAUGUAAUGCAUUUAAUUCACCGAUUUAAAUAGGUUAGAAUCUGAAUGUGGGGGAGCGCUGUGUCAGCUCAGUUCGAAAACCAGAGGCAGAAAGCAGCUCUUGAAGUUGUUAUUGUCUGUACAUCUGACAUUUUCAGUGUAGAAUUCUUGCAAUGAUUCUAUAUAGAUAAAAAUGAUAUGAUUUCACUGACUGUAAACCCCAAAUAAUAACUAUAAAAAUCAAAUGUUAACAUAUUAUUUGAAAAAUCAAUAGGUACUAUAUAGUAGAUCAAUUGAACACUGCCAUUUCUUUUAGUGAUAUCAUUCAGGGGUCACCUGGAAAGAACUCAUAGAUUUUCCUGCUAACACUAUAAUUUUAAACAUUGAACUUGCAUUUGGAAUUGCUCACAUGAAACUUUUUCCCUCAAAGUAACAGUAAAACUGAUUUCUUGUAACAACUUGAUGAGUAAUGAACUCACAAAAAGGCUCAGAUUUCACUUAUUUAUAAUGUGUUAGCAUAGCCUAUAGUGUUUUCAUUUCUUAUGUUGCAGUUUCAGCUAAUUUCAUUCUCAAAAGGUUCCUCGUUCUCCUAAAGCCAAGGGAACAAUUCAUUAAAUACUGUGCUCUCAAGCACUGUUCCUGCACUGGUGAAUCACUUAUACCCAAGUGACUCCCUCUUUGAUCUUUCUUCCCUGGUGGAGUUGCACUUUGCCUGACACUUCUGCACACCCACAUCCCCCACCCACUGCAGCAGAUUUCAGAGACUUGCUAUACAGGGAAGAUAGUGUAGAUUAGCACUCAUCCCGGUAGUAUAUGUUACCAAUAUUCUGUAUCUGAGCAUGUAUCUGAGUAAACUAAUAUCUUUAAUGAUGUAUUAUAACUUUAUAUUUAUAUUCCAAACUACCCUUACCAGCCCGUGUGUUUCCUUAAAACAUUGAUUAAUGCAUAGCCCUACUGAGCUUUAUUAAAAUUCAUUAUUGGCUGCAAUUAAGAUGACCGAAUAUUUUCAUAAUCAGUUAAAUGAAAUGUGAAAUGCAAAUUUUAAAUCAAAAUAGCGGCAAAAAAAAAUUUCUGCAUCCAGGUUUCUCUAAAGUAGCUCUGAAUAGCUCUGUAAAUGGUUUAAAUGUACACAGCGGAUAUUAACACUGACACUGCAAUGCUAUCAAUAAGCAAUAGCAUGCGUCUUGCAAGAAAUUCAUUGCUUUAAAUAAUGAGAGUUCAAAUCCCAACUUUGUUAUCUUUUCUGUCCUUGAGAUCUUUCUUGAUAUCAAUAAUAGACAAGGAUUCAAAAACAUACUGCUGCAUUUUAUAUUUGUUCAAUAAGUAGCAUUAAAACUCAACAAUUUUCAUCCCCACCAUUCCUUACUAAAGGGAUAAAGAGAAAGGAUGAAAGGACUCCUUUACAAUGACUGUGGGUCAAUUUAAGAAAUAGUUUUGUUGCCAAUUACCAAAAUAAAUAUAACUCUUGAUAAAUUUAAAGGAAGUAUGUGCAAAGAAAUAUAAACUAAUCCAGCAAAUGUAUGGUCACAUAAAUAAUUGUGCUGUGUAUUAUAUUUCAUUUGAACAAUAUCAAUGAGAAGAACAGUACAAUAAUUUUGCUGAAGCUCAGUUGGUAAAUAAUUAAAUGUGUGUUCAGCAAUAAGGCUAAUCUUUUAUUUGAGGAUAACAGUAUUAUAGGCAGAGGAAAAUACUUACCAAUUGUUCACAUUUGUGCAUUUAUAAGUCCUCCAAUUAUAUUUCUGUAUACAGCUGUUUUAAGUUGGUCUUUUCCCAGAAAAGGAUACUGGGUACCUGGGGGCAUACCCUGUGAUUUUACAUUCGCCAAAUCAUUAAUGGGUCUUGACCUUUUGAAAAAGGUUGUGCAUAAAUUAAACAAAAAUAAUUGUAACAUAUUACUUGUACAUAUUUAUUUUCUGUUAUGAAGUGCAAUACUGAAUACUGUACAUUGUGUGUUAUAAAGAAUAUUUUUGUUGGGACUUAUUUUUUACUACCAUAGCUUCUCUUCCAGACUGCUUUUCACUUCCUAUUUAAAGUUAAAAUGCUCAUAACUACAUUAAGCACUUAUAAAAUUUGUCUUUUUUUUUCAGACAUAGAAAUGCAUGUUAUUUGAUGAUGAAAUUAUCCCUAGGUUCAGGGUUUAAGAAUCAUUGCCUAAAGCUGUACUAAAUGCUGAGGGUAUCUGAAGUGCUACCUAUUGGCUCUAUGUAGCCAUUAACCCUUGAAAAUCAGGCACAUGAAAACUUGGUAACUUGGUCCUCGUUGCACAUGUUUCUUACCAGUUUAUAUGGUAGAAUUCUGUAGUUCUGAGGGUUUACAUUUUAGUGAGGCAAAAAUCAGAACAUCAGCAUCUGUUGGUCUCAUUUACUUACAUAGGAAUGCCCUCCCUUCUCUACUUGAGUCUCUGGCACCUCUGACUUAAAAGUUUAUUCUCCUGCUUAAAUGUUUCCAAGGCUACACUCCCAUUUUGCUUGUAUUUCUCACCAUUAUAAUUCCUCAGGUCUUUUGACCAGCUCAUUUGAAGAACCUCCCAAAACCACCCCAACCCCUUGCUUUACCCCACCAUUAAUAGCUGGACCUUCAAAUGUGUAGACUCCACUGUCAGGAGUUCCCUUGCAAAAUAUAUGCACCUAAUUCUAAUGCACACUAAUGCACGAUAGUUGUAGCAGAAUGCCAACAAUUGUUUUAGUUGUGGAUCUACCAGAAUAAUGUUACCAUCCAAGACUUUGAACACUAUAAAUGGGUGUUACAUUUUCUCAGUGACAAAAGUGUGGUACCAGGACUCAGGCUUGGGGCGGGGGGGGAGAGGAACGGUAUCACAGGCUUAAUUGGGGCAUGGGCGUGGGUCCAGUUGAUGAUUGCGUAUGUGGCCAAGAAUGAAAUCAGUUGUUGGAGAUCAGUUUAAGUACCUAGAGUGAGUGAAGAGAGAUGGGUGAGGUGGUUAAGGCAGCAUUUGUGGACGGGAGUUGGAGCUGAGGGUGGG